UUAUAAAUUAAAUAUUUUUUAAAAUUCAACCUCUCACCGCUGGGCUCGUUAAAAGACGUCGCAAUUUUCUCGCCUAUUUUGUUAUGGUUACCGUUUCUAUCUUCUAUUUAUAACAGUAAUUAUUGUUUUAUUUUCAAAUUACUUUUUCCGCCAUUCUCCAUUUUUUUUUAAAACUUCCGUACUAUGAGUUGUAUAGUCUUGUUGGAACGCUGCUCCGAAAGCACAACACCGUCGGAGGCGGUGCAAGCGACGGAGGCGGCGCUUGAACUCGAGGAGAGUCAUGACAGUUGGGGAUACUCAAAGCCUGUGGUAGCGUUCGACAUUUUGUUGAACAUGACGUUCGUUGUGGCAACUGCGGCGAUACUGCCGUGCUCCGGACGUGAGCGUCGGAAUACGCCGAUAAGAGUUUGGAUUGUCGGCUAUGCGCUGCUGUGUUUCUUCCACUCCGUGCUGGUGUGGCUUGAGUACCGGCGGAGGCAGAGUGAUAGCGGCGAUGAAACAACUUCCGACGGAAACAAUAACAGCCACGGCGACCAGAACUCGUCUUCUCAGCCCAGAUUCACAAAGCGAUGUGCAUUAAUAAAUACUGGGGUUUCAGUCGUUUGGUGGAUGGCGGGCAUUUACUUCGUUAUCGGUGGUGGUGAUAUCUUUAAGCAACAUGAUCCACGUUUGUACUGGUUGGCUCUUGUAUUUCUCGCAUCUGAUAUCAUCAUCUGUGCUAUUGUGGCGUUCAUGCUUUUCAUCGUUUUAUUUAUAUGUUGUCCCUGCAUCACUGCUGUUCUCUAUAACAAACCGGUAGGUGCAUCAGAAGAAAAUCUUAGUAUACUUCCAAAAUACAGAUUUCAAAUAGUAAGCAAUGAGGAAAAAGCUAGUAGUGGUGGAUUUGGAUCAAUAGUUCCGGUCAAAACUACCACUGGACACGUGGCAAAUGAAAGAAUGCUUUUACGUGAGGAUGCGGAAUGCUGUAUAUGCAUCCAUCCAUAUGAAGAUGGAGUAGAGCUACAAAUUCUUCCUUGCAACCAUCAUUUUCAUUUUUCAUGUAUAGUCAAAUGGCUAAAGAUUAAUGCCACUUGUCCUCUUUGUAAGUACAAUAUUCUCAAAGGAAUCGAACAAGUUUAACACCUUACUUGGUCGAACAAGUUUAACACCUUACUUGGUGUUUUCAA